CGGGGCGGGGCUUCGGCGGGGCGGGGCUGCAGGGCUCCCGGGACCGCCCGCCCGCCCCUCAGUCUGCGCCCAGAGAGCCGCGGGCAGCAUGGAGCCGGUGCCGCUGCAGGACUUCGUGCGCGCCUUGGACCCCGCCUCCCUCCCGCGCGUGCUGCGGGUCUGCUCGGGGGUCUACUUCGAGGGCUCUGUCUAUGAGAUCUCUGGGAAUGAGUGCUGCCUCUCCACGGGGGACCUGAUCAAGGUCACCCAGGUCCGCCUCCAGAAGGUGGUCUGUGAGAACCCGAAGACCAGCCAGACCAUGGAGCUCGCCCCCAACUUCCAGGGCUACUUCACCCCCCUCAACACCCCACAGAGCUACGAAACCCUGGAGGAGCUGGUCUCUGCCACAACUCAGAGCUCCAAGCAGCUGCCCACUUGCUUCAUGUCGACCCACAGGAUUGUCACAGAGGGCAGGGUGGUGGCUGAGGACCAGCUCCUCAUGCUUGAGGCUGUGGUGAUGCACCUCGGGAUCUGCUGUGCCCGCUGUGUCCUGAGCAUGGAGGGUCAGCAGGUCAUCCUGCACCUGCCCCUAUCCCAGAAGGGGCCCUUCUGGAAAUGGGAGCCUAGUGCCCCUCGAACUCUGCUCCAGGUCCUACAGGAUCCAGCCCUGAAAGACCUCGUCCUCACCUGCCCGACCCUGCCCUGGCAUUCCCUGAUCCUGCGGCCCCAGUAUGAGAUCCAAGCCAUCAUGCACAUGCGCAGGACCAUCGUCAAGAUCCCUUCUACCCUGGAGGUCGACGUGGAGGACGUCACCGCCUCCUCCCGGCACGUCCACUUCAUCAAACCGCUGCUGCUGAGUGAGGUCCUGGCCCGGGAAGGCCCUUUCCCCCUGUCCAUGGAGAUCCUGGAGGUUCCUGAGGGCCGCCCCAUCUUCCUCAGCCCGUGGGUGGGCUCCUUGCAGAAAGGCCAGAGGCUUUGCAUCUAUGGCCUAGCCUCACCACCCUGGCGGGUCCUGGCCUCAAGCAAGGGCCGCAAGGUGCCCAGGCACUUCCUGGUGUCAGGGGCCUACCAAGGCAAGCUGCGGCGGCGGCCAAGGGAGUUCCCCACGGCCUAUGACCUCCUAGGUGCUUUCCAGCCAGGCCGGCCACUCCGGGUGGUGGCCACUAAGGACUGUGAGGGCGACAGGGAGGAGAAUCCGGAGUUCACGUCCCUGGCUGUGGGUGACCGGCUGGAGGUGCUGGGGCCUGGCCAGGCCCAUGGAGCCCAGGGCAGUGACGUGGAUGUCUUGGUUUGUCAGCGGCUGAGUGACCAGGCUGGGGAGGAUGAGGAGGAAGAGUAUGAAGAGGAGGCAGAGAGCUCAGAGCGGGUCCUGCUGCCCCUCCACUUCCCUGGCAGUUUCGUGGAGGAGAUGAGUGACAGCCGGCGCUACAGCCUGGCGGAUCUGACUGCCCAGUUUUCACUGCCUUGUGAGGUCAAGGUGGUGGCCAAGGACACCAGCCACCCCACUGACCCUCUGACCUCCUUCCUGGGCCUGCGGCUGGAGGAGAAGAUCACAGAGCCAUUCUUGGUGGUGAGCCUGGACUCUGAGCCUGGGAUGUGCUUUGAGAUCCCUCCCCGGUGGCUGGACCUGACUGUCGUGGAGGCCAAGGGGCAGCCAGACUGGCCAGAGGGGUCUCUCCCCAGAGCCACAGUGGAGGAGCUGACAGACACCUUCUAUUAUCGUCUUCGGAAGUCACCAGCCUGUGAGAUCCAAGCCCCCCCACCCAGGCCCCCUAAAAGUCAGGGCCUCAGCGGGCAGAGGAGACACAGCAGCGAGGGAGGCGUCAAGCGAGAGAAGUGCCUGCAGCUCCCUCAUGGCGCCGGGACUCCUGCUUCAGAGCCCCACACCCGGGCCUUCUGCCAGCAGUGUUCUUCCUCCGUCAGGCUCACAGGCAAGUCUUCUCAAGUCUUAGGAUUGCAGCAACACGCUCUGCUGCCCAAAUCCAAGGCAAAGACCUUGCCAGGGUUCACCAAGGAUGACUCCAGUAUGUACAGCAAGAUUCCUGCCCACAGGCCCGCUAAGCCCCAAAGGCAGGAUCUAGAUGAGGAAACUGCCCUACACAAGGGAAGGAACUUGCCUAAUGCUGAAGAUCCUCACUGACUCGGACUCUUUCGCAGAUGAUGAUGAACAUGAUUAUGAAGAAAUACUUGAGCAAUUUCAGAAAACCAUCUGAGUGCUGGAGGAACCACACUUCCUAACUGCUGCUUCUCAGUGAAUCCGACGCCAGCCAACUGUUUUAAGCCUCUAAAAGACCUCGGGCAAGGUCUCACAGAAAUGGAGCUGCAGACGGGGAGUAGCUUUGUGGAAACUGAUUUGAUGGACACUGCACCAGCUUCCUUCAGGUUCUAGAUUCUUGCUACUUGGGGUGGGCUGGUUUGGACCUAACAUCUCGCACGUGACUCCCUCAGCCUCAGAGCCUUGGGAUGCAGAGCAGCUGGCAGGGUUCCUCUCAAUCCUGCAACCCCAGCUGUCCCACCGGUGGGUGCAGAGGGGAAUCCGAGGCCAUCAACCUUGGUGAUAGCAGCGCAGUGCCAAUGCCUCUUAGUAAAAGGGAUUCCAUCCUGAUCACACUGCAUGGGAGAUUUUGUUAACGUCUGCCACCCCCACUCUCAUCCCCAAGCUCUAAGCCCCCGGGAGGCCUGGACUGUCUUCCUCAUUUCUGUAGCACCUAGCCUGAUAGAUCUGCAUGUGGUAAACAGGGGUUGUAUGGAUUAAUGUGGGAACUUGGCUUCAAGAGCACAACCUUAGGACCUUGGGCCCCAAGAGCUGGUGGUGAAAUGAGAGGAGCCAAUUUAAGAAGACCCUUAUGGAGACCUGAGGCUACAGAAAACUGGCAGGUUUCAUCAGGUGGUUAAAGUCGUCAAAAUUGUAAGUGACUAUCCAAGAUUAUUUCAUUUUAAAACCAUAGAAUAAAAAUGACACCAGAGCUUCUA